AUGCAAUCUGAAGCGGGACCUUCCACCGUAGUCCUGACGGAGAAAAGAGGACUGAAAGCUUGCACUGCGUGUCGCAUCGCUAAAGUCCGUUGUCAAAUCAUCUCUGGGAUAGGAAUAUGUGUCCGUUGUCAAAGCGCGGCUAUCUCAUGUACUUUCACUGCUGCUCGUCGCGGGAGAGUCAAGGGCAGUAAAAAGAACGGCAGUUCCACAGGUUCCAGCAUCGAACCCAUAACACAAGAUUUGGGUUUGGGUUGGACGGCAGGUCUUCAACCCUCCGUGAAUCAGGUCGAAGAGAGCUUACACCCUGCAAGUGUAGGGGUGUCUGCAACACGCGCUCAAAGUCCUCUAGACCCUUUUGUAUCCAAUACAUCUGGACUGGUCACUCCCGUACAUCAACAACAUCGCGAGCAUGGGUUGGAUCCACCAUCUGCUCAAAAUCGGAUGACUCGCAGAACCGUCCAGAUUAUGGCAGGGUCUUUCCCAACGGGAUCUGAUCGGUCACUAUCUGAAAUUGUACCUCGUGCCGAUUUCUCCACUGGAAAAGAUGUGCACAAUCCACUUCUCUUUUUGGCUGAAUGUGCGCGGCGAGGGUGGGAUGCUUCGGACGCGUCAGAAUGGAGGGAUCCAAUGAUCGUGCCUGCUCCAGGAAGCAAUUUGCCUCUGGAUGAUGCUAUCCGUUUGGGAAGAUGGUCAAAGGAAAAUUUGGGGAAAAUCAUGGCCGAUCAGAGAAAGUACUUUCAGCAUGGUCUUCAUGGUACCAAGAGAGACGUCAGUAUUGGUUUGGAUCCGGUAUACCAGAAUGUAAUACGAGAAGAACAGGUUGAAGAACUAUUCGCGAGCUACUUCUGUCACGUUCAUGUGCAAUGCGGAAUGCUGGAUAGAAACAUUCACACCCCAUCGUUUGUACGAUCGCGUUCGUCCUUCUUGUUCACGGUCAUACUCGCGCUAGGUGCGACUACUGCAGCCACCAGCCCAAUAUCCACUCCUCAAGACCGUCUUUUGACUCUUAAGCUGUGGGCACAUCUUGAGAAAUUACAAUUAGUGAUCUGCGCUACGGCAGCUAAAUCGCUUGAGAUUGUUCAAGGCAUGUUGCUGGCACAAAUGUGGGCAUUGAGGUCGCCAAGAUUAGUUGAUGAUCAGCGGGCAACAAGAUUGGGUAUGGCUGUGCGAAUGGCGGGUCAAAUUGGGCUUCAGCUGGCCAAACAUCACGGGAAAAGUCCUGGUGAACAAUCGAAUACGAAUGAUCUGCGUACCCGUCUAUCCCUGGUGCUUGUGGAGAGCAGGUGGGAAUCAAUUGCUGAUAGGCAGGAAAUCUCGUGCCAGGGGUUUGACCUGACGGAAUUUGAAGCAGAAGAGCUCGAUCGCUCGGAUCCUUUGAGUGCGAUCGCGCUUAUGGCUGGUGAUUAUGCUUUGUAUCGUUUCGAAGCUGAAUCGAAGGAAAGGCUUUCUCGCAUUAUCCAAACCACUCGAUCAACAAUCGCGAUGGACAGCGAGCGGAUCUGGAUUCGAACUCAUCUCUCCUCUUGGGAGGAUACAUGGGUCAAACCUCAGACUGAUCCCCUUCGCCAAUGGUGGUUUCGUUACUUAUCGAUACGUUCGCGCCUCGUCGGCAUCUUGCGUGUCGCAAAAGCUAGAGUACAUCCUGGUCCUUGGACGGACCAGAUGAAAACGGAUCUCGUACUGGUCUCUACAGAGCUCAUGGAAGGAUGUCUAUCUCACGAGAAAUCCCUGCAUAUGCUCAGACCCACUUCACCCAUCGUCUUCGCCGCAGCUAUUCUGUUACAGCUGACGGGCAAGGAAGCGAAAGAACGUGAUUUGAUUUUGAGGGUGGCUUUGAGGCUAGCGGGCGAUCCAAGGCAGGAGGAUGUCAUGACUUACGCCACACACAACGGAUAUCAGAUACUGAACAUGCUCUGGUACGCUUUCGUAAUCUUUCUCAUUGAGUUUACUUGGCUGACAUCAAAUAGCCUAAGCAAAGAAGUGGAUCGUGGCAUCGCUGGACCAAUUUCGGAUGAUAUGAGGAAUGUCCACUACAACGAAGGUGCUAGCUUUGUGUCCGACCACUCGAUGAUGAUGGAAGAGAAUCACAUCGAACAGAACUUGCAUUCAAUGGCAGAUCCAGCUCCGCAACCUUUUAGCGACAUCGACCAGCUUCUUGGCAUUAGUGGAAGUACCGACUUUUUGCAAUGGUCCAACGGACCUGAAGGCGCUAAUCAUCACACCGCGACAGAACACCAGCAGAACACGACGUGGAACAGCUUUUUGUCUACCGAGCCGUUGGCUGGGAAUGUCUUUCCAUCAGCAGGGUUAUCCGGCAAUACGGCGGGUGUGACAUGGAACGGCAAUGGAGACGACCCGUAUAAUCUUACUGGAGGAAGGCAAAUGUCGGAUAAUGCCAUGUCCGAUUUCUACUUUCACCUCGCGUCUGCUUUGGGGAGUUGA